AUAUAUAAACAAAAAAAAAACUAACAACAGAACACAUUUUCCCGGUCAGCAAGGUGCGCCUUAGUAAUGGCAAAAGUCUUUCUAUUCCUUACCCUCGUCAUAUUCGAUUCAGCGUUUGGAUUUAGCUGUGUUAAGGAAGAUGAUGUUUGUUAUGGAAGCCUCGAAAUCGAUUACUCCUUUACAAUGAUUGACCCCGUGAACGGUCCAGUCUACGCCAAAGACCGCUCUCUGUUCACUGUUGAUGGUGACGAGGAAGUACCGAUAGAAUGUGUGAACACAGCAGACGGGUGGAACUUGACAACCACAAACUUACUGACCGCUAAUGGAAAAAUGCCAGGACCUAAUAUUGUCGUGUACAAGGAUCAGAAAAUUACCAUUAAAGUCAAAAAUAAGUUAAUGAACGAGGCUAUCACAAUGCAUUGGCACGGCAUUGACCAGUUUGGAUCACCUGCAAUGGACGGAGUGGCGUUCGUUACACAGUGUCCAAUUUUGCCAGGACAACAUUUCAUAUACACAUUCCGUCCUCGCUUCGCCGGUACUUACUGGUACCAUUCCCACGUCGGUAUACAGAGAGAAAUGGGUUUGUACGGGGCCUUUAUAGUUCUCAGAAGAGACGAUGACAUUCCUCCAGAAAGACAAUACAUUAUGCAAUUACAGGAAUGGAACCACUUGUACGACCCAGUUGCUCGGUUUAAAGCUAAUUUAAAAGGUGCCGGUAAUGAUCAAAAAUCUAUCCUUAUCAAUGGAAAAGGAGAAUUCAAUGGCAAUAAUGCACCAUUGGAAAAUUUUAUUGUAGACAGAACCAAAUCUCAUGUAUUCCGUGUGAUUCACGUAGGCUCCGCUGAUACCAUGCUGCUUUCCGUGCCAGGGUUAAAACUUAUAGUCAAAGAAACUGACGGUUUUCCAGUCGAACCAAAAGUCGUAGACCAAAUCAUUAUUCUUCCGGCUGAACGAUAUGAUUUUGAACUUGAUCUGCAAAACGCUUGUCAAAAUAAUUAUAAAAUUAUCGUGAAAAUACUGACUGGUUCUGACUUAAAAGAAAGCCAAAAUAUAAAAGGGUUAGCCCUUUUGAGAGUCACAGGAGUAAGCUCAGGCAACAGCUUGGGAUCUUCUCGACAUCUUCUAAAAGAUACGUCACAUCUUUCGUCACGAAAGGAAGGACAAAGGGAGAUCGAGUCGCAGAAUGCAAAAUGCUGUGAAAAUAGAAGAAAAAAUACCAGAACAGUGCUAAAUUGUCCAUUCGAAAUCUAUCCAAAUUCUCCAGAAAAGACUUGCGUGCCAGUCUCUGAACUUAAAUCUACAUUUACAGAAUCAAAUGUUCAGGAAACGAGAAACUCUGAGACGUUUUUUCUAAAUUUUGCAUUCGUAGGUGGUCCCUCAAUUAAUGGACGCAAAUUUAUUCCGCCAACAAUAGCAGCUUUGUUGGAACCGGAUGAAGUGGAUACAAAAUGUGAAGGAUGUGUCGAUGAGAGCCCAUGCUCCUGCACUCACACCAUAGAUCUGUCCUACGAAAAGGAAAUAAUUAUGGUAUUCCUCAAUCUCGGAAAAGGGGGUAGUUUAAACCAUCCAAUCCAUAUGCAUGGCCACACAUUUGAGGUUUUGAAGAUGGCCUUUCCGAAAGUAGAAAAAGAUUCAACUGGAAUAGAUACUCUAGUACCAAAUGAAGAUAUCCAGUGUAACAAGAAUUUGCCGAAUAAUGAAAGCAAUUGUAAUAAUGCUUAUUGGAGGGACGAGUCAUGGAAUGACUACAAACUGAUACCAGGUAUUAACCUAAACAACCCAGUCCGAAAGGACACCUUGUUGGUGCCGAUGGGUGGAUAUGCUAUAAUCCGAAUCAUCGCCGACAACCCUGGGGUGUGGUUUAUGCAUUGCCACAUCGAUAGUCACAUGAUGAAUGGAAUGGCGCUAAUGUUGUAUGAAGCCAUAGACAACAUACCCGAACUUCCUAACCUUCCGACCUGCCGCAGUUUCGACAACAAAGACGACGGAAUGGACGGUGAAUCGAAGUCACGACAGACUAGGCGCUACAAGAGUGAACUCUGAAAAAAUUUUUUUUAAGUUUUGUUAAUCUUUUCUUCUCAAGUAUCCACAUACUCAAUCCUCUACACCAACAGGCUCAUCUUUACCAUCGUCUGCCAUGAUAGAUGUACUGACCCCUUUGUUUCCGCUCUCUUUGUUUUGACUCACGUAGCUUUUAUGACGAACACACUUAGUUGGGUUACUAUUUUUCCAUUUGCACUUAGUCCUGGUAGUAUAUGGCAUACUCUACACCACACACUUACUAACAAAUAUUGCUUUCCAUAUAUAUCAUUUCAAAAUACUUACUCAAGCUGCGAGCCACUGACUAGUCCGCCAUACCAACCGGAAGAAUUCGGAAGAAAAUAAUUUAAAAUAUCAAAAUCCUUGUUUGUUGCCUUUAUAAUUGAUUAAAGUAUAUUGGAAUUUGAAAGUUUCUUAAUAUUGAUUAAUGAAGCUUUUGUUUUUGUUUUUAUAUCUCAAGAAUUUUUUUUCUACACAAAUUGAAAAGGACAGUUCUCUGAUGUACAGUUGCUGUUAAAAUUUGCAGUUACGUUAUUUGAUCCCCUUUGAAAGAAUUUUUUAAAUGUAUUUGAAAUCGGGAGAAAAACAUAUAAAAUUCAUACUUUUAGCGUGGAACCUGACACAAAACCCAAAACGUAAUACAUUUAAAGAUAGUUGUAUAAAUAACAAGGCUUUUUGAUAGAUCUUUGAAAUAUCGGGAUACAAACAACAAAUUUUGUUUCGUGUUAAAUCCAAAGAGUGUGUUAUUAUAUAAAUGCAUUUAUCAUAUACUUAGUAGGAAAUACUUCGAUUCCGCGCUAUGCAAUACGGGUGAUGUCACAAAACCCAAUAUUAACGUCCGGUCCAAAAAAUUAUAUCGCGUAUCAGGCCGGUGAGCAAAAUUACAAACAGGCCCGUAGAACGCAGGGAGGGGGCAGGAGGGCUACCCCAUUUUGAAACUGAUGGUACGGGCCUGCCAUAUCCAACUGAAAGUAACGUUUAUAUAAAGUUUAAAAGUUAAUUAACUUGACUUUAUUGAAAUAAACAUGUAAUUUAA